AUGUCGCACGCCCGUCGGUCACAACCUGGCAGUGGCUUGAAAUUGCCAUUUGCGUUGCAAAAAGAGUUAGGCAUUGACGGCCCGCGAACGGGUGGGCGGCGACAACAUGGCGCAGUCAAGGACAGAAAGGAGCAGCGCAAGGCCGAAAGACACGAGCGGAAGCAGAAUAUAAGAGGCGCAAAGGGUCAAAGAUGGGCCGCAGCCGACAACGAUGGAUUCGAUCCGGAGGACGACGAAGAACCUGACCGACCAGACACUGUCCGCGAACGUAAUUCGGCGAAGAAGACAGCAGCGGCGAAGGCAACCAGUACCAGGAAGGAACAGCCUACACCGAAACCGAGGUCGAUCCUCAAAAAGCCGAGACAGCCAUCCCCGUCACUCUCAGAAUUAUCCUUGUCGUCUAGAUCACGGUCUACGUCUCCUGGUCUUGUCCUCGAUGCUUCCUCCCAAGCUUUCAAAGAGCGGCUUGCACAGGAUGAGGCGGAGAUCAAUGCGUUGGAGAGAAAGCUCGGACUCAAGAAGAACAAGUUGCCCAAAUCAUUCGCAGAAGACGGACUGGACGAUCUACUUGCAGGCUUGGACGCUGAGGACCGUGGAGUCAAGCGGAAGACCGAGGCGGAAGAGUGGCUGGAGAGGAAAAGGCGGAAAGCAAGUGAACAUCUGGAGGAGAGCGAUGAAGAUGAAGACGACUUAGAUCUUGGUGAUGAGGACUCUGAAGAAGAUGGAAGUUCGGAUAUGGACGGGCUGGGACUGGACGAAGAUGAGGAUGGUGCUUCUGACGACGACUUUGAGGAGUUUGGCUCCGACUUGGCGGGAGAGGACGACGAACACGACGAAGAAGAGGCCCCCCGUCCUGCGCCGAAGAAGGUACGAGAGAAUCCCUACGUCGCUCCAGUAUCACCGAACGCACCACCCGGCAAAUACAUUCCACCGUCUUUGAGGAAAGCACAAAAUUCCGAGGGGCCUUCAUUGGAGCGAUUAAAGCGACAAGUCCAAGGCCACCUCAACAAGCUUUCCGAAGCCAAUCUCGUGUCUAUCUUGGGCGAGAUUGAAAAGGUGUAUCAGACAAAUCCACGACAAGACGUGACCACCGUCCUGAUAGACCUUCUCCUGACCCAGUUCUGCAACAAAUCGGCGCUGCAGAACACGUUCGUCAUCCUACAUGCUGCAUUUGCUGCUGCGGUCUACAAAGUCGUCGGCGUCGACUUCGGCGCAGAGCUCCUCUCACAGAUAGUCGAGCGCUUCGACCAAUACCAUAAUGAUGCGGCUUCAGGAGGGAAGGAGUCGUUGAACCUGAUCAGUCUGCUGUCCAAUAUGUUCACGUUCCACGUGGUCAACAGCACUAUUGUCUUCGACCAUAUUCGUUUGCUGCUGGAAAAGCUGAGCGAAAGCAAUACCGAACUACUCCUUCGGUUGAUGCGAGACUGCGGGCCCCAGCUCAGACAAGACGACCCAUCUUCCCUCAAGGACAUUGUGCAGCUGAUGCAGAAGGAGACUGCGCGUAUGACGGCAGCUGGCGAGCAGAUGAGCGUGCGGACCAAAUUCAUGAUCGAAACCAUCACAGAUCUGAAAAACAAUCGAAUGAAGGCGGCGACCAACAAUGCAGGCCUCUCCAGCGAACAUAUCACGCAGAUGCGAAAAGUGCUUGGAUCCCUGAACAAUCGCACCAUCCGAGCCUCGGAGCCCUUGAGGACCAGCCGCGACGACCUCAAGAACAGCGACAGGAAGGGGAAAUGGUGGCUCGUCGGCGCGAGUUGGAAGGGCAAUGGCAAUACAGACACAAACAACCCAUCAACCACGUCUGCUGCAACAACGACAACAGACAACACCCUCUUCACUUCGAGUGAGCGAAUCCUGGACGACGACGACGAGUCCAUCGACCUCCUCGCCCUCGCUCGGCAGUAUGGUAUGAACACGGACGUGCGACGCUCUAUUUUCGUCGCCCUCCUCUCGGCUGUCGACGCUCAAGAUGCACAUAUGAGACUGCUCAAGCUGCGUCUCAAGCGGGCGCAAGAGCAAGAGGUUCCUCGCGUCCUCCUGCGCUGCGCUGCUGGCGAGAAUCCCUACAACCACUACUACACGCUGGUGGCGAAACGACUGUGUGCUGACAAGCGCAUGCGGAAGGCUUUCCAGUUCGCGCUGUGGGAUUUCUUCCGGCGAAUGGGCGAGAACCCGGAUCUGGACGACGAGAACGAUACCCGUGAAGAGGAGAAUGAUGUCAAGAUGAGCGAAGUCGCGAACCUGGCCAAGCUCUAUGCGCAUCUCAUCCUCGAUGGAGCGGAGACGUUGGGUGUUCUGAAGGUCCUUGAUCUGGCUUAUAUCAAGGAGCGAACAAGUAUGUUUGUCGAGUUGUUGUUGAUCAUGCUCAUGACCGAGGCGAAAGGGAAGGAGACGGUGCUGGAGAAGGUCUUUGGGCGGACUGCCGAGUCGCCACAGGUCAUCAAACGGCUGCAGUUUUUCAUCAAAAAAAAUGUCCGCAAGUCGGAUCUGGUCUCGAAGGACGACAGAGAGACUGUCAAGAGAGGUUGCAAGAUCGCGUUGGGCACGCUUCGGCGGCUGGAUCUGGGAAGUGCGGCGUUCGAUGACUAG